GCUUCCGCUUUCUCAAUUCCGUACACAAAGCUCGGCUGAUGACGUGUACACACACACUGCUCUGUCGUUAGCCGCUUAGCUUAGCCACCUGACAGAGUAAAAGGGGCGAAAUAAAGAGGACAGAAGGGAAAAGAGGCACACAAAGUGCUUCGGCGACUCCAUAAAAAAUGGAGACGCUCUACCACCAGACAAACAAGCAAAUCCAGGAGGUGCAGUCUCAGAUGGGACACCUGGAAGGCGCAGACCGUGAAUCAGUUCACUUGUUAGAGAACGAGCUACAGGCCAGGAUCGACCAGAUCUUCAAUCACCUCGAACGACUCGAGAUCCUGGCCAGCAAGGAACCGCCAAACCGCCGGCAGAACGCCAAGCUACGAGUGGAUCAGCUGAAGUAUGACGUCCAGCACCUGCGGACCGCUCUCCAGAACUUCCAGCACAGACGCUACACCAGAGAAGCCCAGGAAAGAGAGAGGGAGGAACUCCUGAGCCGCACCUUCACCACGAACGACGCCGACACCUCCAUCCACAUAGACGAGAGCAUACAGCUGAACAGCGGUUUGCGCAACGCACACCGAGGCAUGGAUGACCUCCUGGGCAGCGGCAGCAGCAUCCUCAACGGCCUCAGAGAUCAAAGGGAGACGCUCAAGGGGACGCAUAAGAAGAUGCUGGACGUGGCCAACAUGCUGGGCCUCUCUAACACAAUACCUGGGCUGACCACCGCCCACCCGCCCGCUACAGUGGACCAGCCGUGGACAUUUAAGGAGCGCAUUGUAAAUUUAAAGAGAUUUUUAUAUAAAAAAAACUACAAAAAAAGUGCCAUUAUUUCUGUUUACUUUCAAUAGACCUCCCACUUUAUUUAGGAAACGCGCUAAAACGGUUCGGCCGAAGAAGUUCCUGUUUGCAGAUAGUAUUUUUUUUAGUGUGAAACUUUUCUGUUGAUCUUUUUCCACGGCUCUCCAUAAACAUGGACUCUUCUCCACAGCCGUGUUAAAAACACGUUUGUUUCUGUUAAUGUUUCAAUGCCUGUGAAGUCGUCUGAUGUCCAGACAGGUUUGCUUAAACCAGAAGCUACACCUGGCAAAACCAUAGGGAAUCACCACUUAAUAAGCAAACAUUUCCAUCAUAGGAUUUAACAGAUAUAUAAACCCACAAUUAUGAUUAAUACACUAGCUGCCCAUCUAAGCUUUGUAAGACAUCUGUGUAGAUCGAAUAUUGGAAAAUCUUUUUGUCUUGACAAAUUUAUCAGCUUGACAUCUCUGAAGCUGGAUUCAGUUUAAUAGAAAAUUAUUAAAAAAUAUAGAAACUUUAACUUGGUCCACUUGUAUGUUACCUGUAGAGGUAGUCAUUGCCCUGCCUCAUGGUUGUGAUUUAUGUAACAUAGAAAUGUGUAUAUUUUCUUCAGGUAGCCAUCUUUGUUCUACUGAACUACCACAAUAUGUCAUUUACUCUUUGAAUACAAAUAAAUCUGUGUUGACCAAGUAAGUUAUCCACUUUGGGACCCGUUUAGGUGUUGAUGGGUCAAUUCCUCGCUAUCCUGAUUGGUCAAAUUCCAUUUGUGUUUUACAAAAGCACAGCAGUGUCUCAAUCUGGCUGGACUUUUCCCUCAACUGUCCUAGUUUUCCUUUAUCUACAAAACCUAUUUUAAAACAAUGCAAAGUGUGCAAUAAGUUAAUUCCCUCUGAAUUAAAAAAUCUAGAUAUGGGGAAGCGUGAUUCCUGUAUACAUUAUAAUAAAACAACUCUACCUCUCUGGCGAGAACAAAGAAUUUGGGAUUUAUUCCAGGUUUGUCUUUAUGUAGGAUAAUUAUUUUAGGGUUUAUCAUAACCUUUUCUGCUAAGGUAAUCGAAGCAAUUUUUCCCAAUAAAAAAAGUAGUUUAUCACCUCAA